AUGAGACGUUACCUGGUGUUAAAUCCUAAUAUUUUUAAUUUAAUUGCUAUUAUAGACUUAAUAGGAAUAUGUGACACUAUAACCAUUAAUGAAACUUACUUACCUGAGUUACUAAUGGAUAAAUUGCCUAUUUUGAACUCUAAUACUGUUCCAAAUUUUAAGACAAUUACGAAACAAAAUUUCCAAGGACUAAGAAAUGUUAAUGAGGAUGUACAUUUAAACAUUACACAAUUGUUAAUAAAAUAUAACUAUCCUGUUGAACAACACGAAGUGAUCACAAGUGAUGGAUACAUAGUCACUAUGUUUCGGAUUCCAAGCAAAGGACCUCCAGUAUUUCUUAUGCAUGGAUUACUCUGCAGUUCCGAUGACUUCCUGACAGCCGGGCCAGACAGUGGACUGGCAUAUUUACUUUCCGACGCUGGAUACGACGUGUGGCUGGGUAAUGAUCGCAGCAACAAACACUCUAAACGCCACAUCACCUUGUCGCCACACAAUAAGGAAUUUUGGGACUUCAGCUUUGACGAAAUUGGUCGCUACGAUUUGUCAGCCAUGAUAGACUACGUGUUGCAAAUUACUGGCAGAAAUAACUUACAAUAUAUCGGUCAUUCACAAGGUACAACAACUGUCUUUAUUCUCUGCUCAGAGCGGCCUGAAUACAAUGAAAAAAUCUCAGUGAUGAUAGCAUUAGCUCCAUCAGCAUGGAUAUCUCACAUCAGAAGUCCUUCCUAUAUAUUAUUGUCAGCUUAUACUUCAAUUUUGAAAGAGCUCUCUCAAGCGCUUGGACUUUAUGAAAUUUUGCCAAGAAAUCUACUUUUAGAUACUAUAAUUAAAAUUUCAUGCGGCACGCCUGCAACUGCUAAAAUGUUUUGCAACAAUAUUUUAUUUUUUCUUUAUGGAUAUGACUACGCUCAAAUAAACGUUACCAACUUGCCGGUAAUUUAUGCCCAUUAUCCAUCAGGAGCAGCGAUAAAACAGUUAUUGCAUUACUUACAAGAAAUACAAUCUGGAAAAUUUUGCCAAUAUGAUUAUGGACCGAAAAUAAAUCUAAAUAAAUAUGGCACAAUACAACCUCCAGAUUAUCCAGUUGAACGGAUAACAACGAAGGUUGCCCUCAUGUAUAGUGAUAAUGAUUUAAUUGCAACUCGAACUGAUAUUGAAACACUUGUACGCAAACUACCAAAUAUUGUAAAGUUUUACAGGGUACCUUUUAAAAAAUUUAAUCACAUGGAUUUCUUAUUUGCAAAGGAUGUGAAAAAAUUACUUUACAAUCGAAUUGUAGAUUUGUUAUACGAGUACUCUCAGAUUGAAAAUUAUAAAUCAUUUAUCUAA